AUACGAGUAACUAACGGGACGUGCUGACCGGCGGAUUUCUUCUAAUAUUCCUUCUAAUAGUUCAAGUGCUGUGUGAGUGUCGGUGUGAAGCCUCGCCAUGCCGCUGGUUAAGAGGAACAUCGAGCCCCGUCACCUCUGCAGAGGGGAGCUCCCCAACGGCAUCGGCAGUGAGCUGGAGUGUGUGAUGAACAACACGCUCUCUGCCAUCAUCCGCCAGCUCAGCAGCCUGAGUAAACAUGCAGAGGACAUAUUUGGCGAGCUGUUUAACGAGGCCAACACCUUCUACCUUCGCGCCAACUCUCUCCAGGACCGCAUCGACCGGCUGGCCGUCAAGGUCACGCAGCUGGACUCCACGGUGGAGGAAGUUUCCCUUCAAGAUAUCAACAUGAGAAAGGCCUUUAAGAGCUCCACCAUUCAGGACCAGCAGGUGGUGUCCAAGAGCAGCGUGCCCAUCCCUGUCAUAGAGAUGUACAACCUGAGCGACAAGCCUCCGCCGCUCAACAUCCUCUCAUCGUACAGAGACGACCAGAAGGAAGCGCUUAAAUUCUACACCGACCCCUCGUACUUCUUUGAACUGUGGAAGGAAAAGAUGCUGCAGGACACGGAGGACAAGAGGAAGGAGAAAAGGAAGCAGAAGGAGCAGCGGCAAUGUGUGGACGGGACAUUGCAGAGGGAGGUGAAGAAGGUUCGCAAGGCCAGGAACCGCCGGCAGGAGUGGAACAUGAUGGCUCUGGAUAAGGAGCUGAGGCCGGACCAUCGACACACCAUACACCGCGACCGAGGAGCUUCAUCUGAAGGCUCCAUGUCACCAGAGAACAGGGGUCUCGGUCCCGAGCUUCACCACUACCCCAACGCCAUGAACCACGCGGGACACGCCCACACUUACUCUGGCCCCCCGCCCAGUGUCCUGGCUGCCCAGAUGGCCGCGGGACACGUCCCGCGCGGAGGCGGUGAACAUGAUAACAGGGGCAGGACCAUGAUGGCCUAUCAGGGCGGGACACUGGGACGUUCUCACCACCAUCAGGUCCCACUGCCUCCCCCACCCUCUGAGGCUAUGAACGGUGCCUCUAUGUCCCUCCCACCUGCCGACUACAGUAUGGACGGCUACGGCAACACCGGGCCUCCGCCACCUCCACCCGCACCGCUCAUCCCCUCUGCCCAGACUGCCUUCGCUUUACCACCGGGGGGUCUGAUGUCUCCCGGACCAAUGGCUGGCGCCGGCGGCUACGCUCCGCCCACACCACCUGUGUCUGGAAUGCAGACAGCUCCGCCUCCUCCCGGUCCUCCACCCCUUCCACUUCCAGCUGGUACCUCCUUCUCCACAGCCCACAUGAUGUCCUCUGUGCCCGCUGAGCCCUCAGUGGUCAACGACGCCCGCAGCGAUCUGCUCGCCGCCAUACGUAUGGGCAUCCAGCUGAAGAAGGUGCAGGAGCAGCAGGAGCAGCAGGCAAAGAGGGAGCCCGUCGGAAACGACGUGGCCACCAUCCUGUCGCGGCGCAUUGCCGUGGAGUAUUCCGACUCCGAGGACGAUUCUGAGCUGGAGGAGAACGACUGGUCUGAUUAACACACACGGGGAAAAACCAGGAGAACCACUGAAAACACACACACACACACAUACAAUCAGUCCAUGUCACACUCACAUACACACACACUGCUACACCUACACACACGGUAGGUUGAUAUAAGCUGAAUGGUCCAAAACUGGAAAUCUGGGGGUGUGUUCAACAUGCAUAAACACUGUAAAGAGACUAGUCAUAGACCUAAACGCUGACCACUCUGUGGCCCAUUAACAAAACACUGUGAAUGCACCCCCGUCCCCUCGUAACACUUUAGACACCGUGUGAAGGUGAUAGUCAAAGCUUGAGAGAUUUAUAGACGAAUUAGUAACUUUUCCUCUUGAGCUAACCAAUGUACUUGUCUUUCUUUUUUUUUUUGGAAAAUGUUUUUACUCAAAAACACAAGUUUAUAACACGUAGACGACAAUAACGGGAAGUGAAGAAGUGAUGGGAGAACGAAGAUGAGAGGGUGAAGUGUUAAAAAAAUAAAAGUCUUAUUGAUCCAUAAAUAUGAAAACUGAUCGAGGCGUCACCGCUCUGUGGGAGGGGCCAGGUGGGGACGGGGCCAAUGUUUAUGCUAGUGUGAGCUGUGUAACCUUUAACCCAGAGGAAAACAAAUAAAAAUGAAUAAAAUGAUGAAUGAAGGAUA